GGCACACAAACGGAAUGGGAGUUGCAUAACACACUAUUUGAGCGUUAUAAUACUAACGUUAUGCCAAGAAGAAACGCAUCCGAUAUAUUAAUGAAGAAUCUUGAAAUGGUUCCGAUAAAUUUGGAAGGUGUAAAUCAGAAAAGCCAAACCAUUUCUCUGAUGGCGUAUUUUAAAAUAACUUGGCGUGAUGUAUCUCUGCAGUGGGAUCCAAAUGAUUUUUCGGGAAUACAUGAAAUCAACGUGAAAAUUAAAGACAUAUGGCGACCUGAUAUAAAAGUCGAAGGCUCUUUCAUCAAACCAUCAGAUUUUGUCGAUGAACGUGGAAACGCAGUUAUUACUUACACGGGUGAGGUCGUAAUUUGGCCAUAUGACACAUACACUGUAGCGUGCCGUUUGAACGUUGCUAAGUUUCCAUUUGACACACAGAAAUGCCAAUUUGAUUUAUCCUCUUGGACACUGAACAGUUCUCUGUUAGUACUCACGCAAUCUUCCGCUACGAUAUCCCUCGGUGAAUACAGCGAAAACAGCGAGUGGGCGCUGUUACGUGGUCGAGCGACGUCAAAGAUCAGCGCAGAUGGAUGGAGCCAUCAUAUUAUUCAGAUAGAAUUGAAGAGAAAACCAAUGUUCUUCACACUUAACAUUAUGAUUCCGGUGAUAUUUACGUCCUUAUUAAACGUUCUUUCGUUUUUACUGCCGACCGAAAGCGGGGAGCGAGUCACCCUUGGGAUCUCCCUGUUCCUGUCCCUUGCUGUGUUCGCCAACAUCAUCAACGGGUCGUUACCUGAGUCCUCGGACGAGGUGUCGCUAUUCGGACUGUAUGCCCUGCUGCAACUUAUCGGUAGCGGAGUCUCUCUUGUGAUGAUUGUUCUCUCGCUGCAUUAUUUCCAUCAGAAAGCGCCCGAUGCCAUCAAUAGGCUGCAGUCGUCAAUUUGUGUGCGCGACACCAGGAUCGCUGUGGUUGCCAAGCCACACGACAACGCCCUAUCAAACAACAUUGACAGCAACGCAAUUACAAGGGAAAGUGAUAUAUCGCCAAAUGGGAAAACAUACAUCGUGGCUGGUGGACAAGUUGAUGUCGAACGUUCCAUUAGAACCCCGAAGAUGAUGUCACACGCAAUAGACAGAUACACAACUAUAGGACUAGUAAUAUGGCAUGUUUUGCUUACAUCGAUUGUGCUAUAUAAAAUAAUGGAUUAAAGAAAAGUGUUUGAAAUUUCUUGUCGACGAUUUGCAUCACAUUUUUAUGCUGGCUUGUUAUUAUAAAAAAGUUUUUAACAAGUCUCAACACAUUAA